CCCCGCCUGCGCCCCGUCCCGCGCCCGGCGCAGGGUUUCCUGGUUAAGAUGGCGUCCCCAACGGCUGCGCAGGCCUGGAAACUUCUGCGAGACUUGGCGUUCCGGCCCCCGCUCCUGGCGGCCAGGUCUCAGGCAGUUCAAUUAACUCCCAGAAGAUGGCUGAACCUGCAGGAAUACCAGAGCAAGAAACUGAUGUCUGACAAUGGAGUGAAAGUUCAAAGAUUCUUUGUAGCAGACACCGCGAAUGAUGCUCUUGAGGCUGCUAAGAGACUAAAUGCAAAAGAAAUUGUUUUAAAAGCCCAGAUCCUAGCUGGAGGAAGAGGAAAAGGUGUCUUCAGUAGUGGUUUGAAAGGAGGUGUUCAUUUAACAAAAGACCCUAAAGUUGUGGGACAGCUGGCUAAACAGAUGAUUGGUUAUAAUCUAGCAACAAAACAAACUCCAAAAGAAGGUGUGAAAGUUAACAAGGUGAUGGUUGCUGAAGCCUUGGACAUUUCCAGGGAAACCUAUUUGGCCAUUCUGAUGGACCGGUCCUGCAAUGGCCCCGUGCUUGUGGGCAGCCCGCAGGGGGGCGUCGACAUUGAAGAGGUGGCAGCUUCGAAUCCAGAACUUAUUUUUAAGGAGCAGAUCGACAUUAUUGAAGGGAUAAAGGAGAGCCAAGCUCAGCGGAUGGCGGAAAAUCUAGGCUUCCUUGGGCCUUUGAAAAACCAGGCUGCAGAUCAAAUUAAGAAGCUGUAUAAUCUCUUCCUGAAAAUUGAUGCUACUCAGGUGGAAGUGAAUCCCUUUGGUGAAACUCCAGAAGGACAAGUUGUCUGUUUUGAUGCCAAGAUAAACUUUGAUGACAACGCAGAAUUCCGACAAAAGGAUAUAUUUGCUAUGGACGACAAAUCAGAGAAUGAGCCCAUUGAAAAUGAAGCUGCCAGAUACGAUCUAAAAUACAUAGGACUGGAUGGGAACAUUGCCUGCUUCGUGAAUGGUGCUGGACUUGCCAUGGCUACCUGUGACAUCAUUUUCCUGAAUGGUGGGAAGCCAGCCAACUUCUUGGAUCUUGGUGGCGGUGUAAAGGAAUCUCAAGUGUAUCAAGCAUUCAAAUUGCUCACAGCUGAUCCUAAGGUUGAAGCCAUCCUGGUCAAUAUUUUUGGUGGAAUCGUCAACUGUGCCAUCAUUGCCAAUGGAAUCACAAAAGCCUGCCGGGAGCUGGAACUCAAGGUGCCCCUGGUGGUCCGGCUGGAAGGAACCAAUGUCCACGAGGCCCAGAACAUUCUCACUAACAGUGGACUCCCCAUUACUUCGGCCGUCGACCUGGAGGAUGCAGCCAAGAAAGCUGUGGCCAGCGUGGCUAAGAAGUGAUGCCUUUGUCCUGAUCCCUCAGAGGAAGAAGUGCAUUUUCCCAUUAAAAGGGAUGGUUCUCUCAUCACUGUGAAGGAAAUGGUUAUCCCAUUGGGGGAAAAAUAGGUGGAAAGGGAGGAGAAAGAAUCUCUGUAUUAAAAAACCUUGAAUCUGUAUUUUCUUGAAUAAGAUAUUUUGACAGCCUACAUAAUCUGAUUUCCCUUAUAGCCUUUAAUAGACUAAUGCCUUAUGUUCUCAUACUUUUCCGUCCUGGCGAACCAGCUCAGUAGGCAUUGUUUUACCAACUUCAAGGAGCAGUCUGUGUGGCCAAACAGCGUAUAUGCAUAUAUACAGCAUUUGAGAUCAGGCCCUGGUUCACUGACAACAGUUUUGGUGAACAUUUUGUCCUGUGUAAUAAAAACAAAAUCACAGUCUGUAAAAACCUCUGACAGGGUUACAUUUAACAGAUUAACCAUCAAAAAGGUGCAGCUAAGACAUUCAAACAAAUAGCUGUUGUAAACUGCAACAGUUUUUACAGUGUCUAACUCUUACAUGGUUGGAAAAUCCACAACUAUUACAAAAUAUAUUUUAUGAUGGAAGAUCCACAAUAAUACCAUAUACAUGUCUCCUACCAUUUGCCUUAAUAUUGAAUAGACUGUUUACCUCACACCAAAAAUAAAGCCAGAAGCCUUAUUUGGGACUUUGGAGCAGAAGGUUCUCUUUUAAUAUCAAAACUGAAGGAUGCUGAUUCUUACAGAAAUCUCUGAUUCAGUCAUUUCAAGAUGAGACAACAUUGAAGAUCAAAUUAUGCUGUGAGUGUCACUGUCUUCUCUCCCUUCCCUUUUCCCCCCAGAAUCUACUACCUGGGAAAGUGUAAUUGAGAGAAUAUAGCUUUUUCACAUAAUAUUCAUUUUUGUGGUGGGAAAGAAUGUGAAUUAGAUUUUUGUUUAAAUAUUGGUAAUUUUUGUCUGUACACAAAUUCAAAUAAAGUUUUCUGUUUUGUAAACACCAA